UCGGGCCUCUCUUUAUGGUAGCGCUGAGCCUCUCUAGCCUCCCUCGCCGUUCUCUCGGUGGUAAACUCCUGGAAGUGUUGAAAAGCGCGUACCCAGGCCACUCUCAGAGGCGUCGGUUGCGGUGCGCACUGGGUCGGUGGAGAGCUCGAGCUAAAGGGUGAUCUGCUAGAGAGUGAUCUCUAGGUGAAAAUCAGGAAAUUUACUAGAAUCAAGCAUGAUGGAUCCAUGUUCAGUUGGAGUCCAGCUUCGGACCACAAAUGAGUGCCAUAAAACAUAUUAUACUCGUCAUACAGGUUUCAAGACUUUGCAAGAAUUGUCAUCAAAUGACAUGCUUCUACUUCAGUUGAGAACUGGAAUGACACUUUCUGGGAACAAUACAAUUUGCUUCCAUCAUGCAAAAGUUUACAUCGACAGAUUUGAGGAUUUGCAGAAGUCAUGUUGUGACCCAUUUAACAUACACAAAAAACUAGCCAAAAAAAAUUUACAUGUAAUUGAUUUAGAUGAUGCCACUUUUCUGAGUGCAAAAUUUGGAAGACAGCUUGUACCUGGUUGGAAGCUUUGUCCAAAAUGUACACAGAUAAUCAAUGGAAGUGUGGAUGUUGAUUCUGAAGACCGGCAGAAAAGAAAACCGGACUCAGAUGGAAGAACUGCUAAAGCUUUGAGGUCAUUACAAUUUGCAAACCCAGGAAAGCAAACUGAAUUUGCUCCAGAAACUGGUAAAAGAGAAAAAAGAAGGCUUACCAAAAAUGCAACAGCUGGUUCAGACAGACAAGUGAUCCCGGCAAAGAGUAAGGUCUACGAUAGCCAGGGUCUCCUGAUUUUCAGUGGAAUGGACCUCUGUGACUGCCUCGAUGAAGACUGCUUAGGCUGUUUCUAUGCUUGUCCUGCCUGCGGUUCUACCAAAUGUGGUGCCGAAUGCCGCUGUGAUCGAAAGUGGCUAUAUGAGCAAAUUGAAAUCGAAGGAGGAGAAAUAAUUCAUAACAAACAUGCUGGAUGAUUUGUGGUGUCCGAUUGUGACCCUUUGUGUAUUUCUAAAGUUCUGUUAUUGUAAGAUACAUGUUAAAGUUGGUUUUGCCAAAUGACACAUAUGUACUCAGUGUGCACUAACACUGCCUUUUGGGUACCUUAAGAUAAAUUAUUUGAUGUAAAUUUAGAUGGACUGUUUUAUUACUCAGCAGUCAUCUCUUUGAGCCUUUCUGGGUCAAUGUAAAAAAGUAAUGUAUAGGCAGUUCUCUGUUUGUACAACUCCCGUGUCCAUAAAUUUCCAUGGCACUGAUACAGUUAAAUAAACCAGUUCCUUAACAGCAA